ACUCCGCCGGGCCACCGCCAUCUUCCAGAUCAGAGAAAUGACAGCUUAUGGUGCAGUCUAUUCUCUCAGGAAUACAAUCAACAGUAUCAUCCGUUGUUCUCGUUUUAGCCUUGUUGGUCGCUCUCAUCAAGUAAUAAAUUUUGUGGAGAAGAAGUUGAAGCCUUGGCAAAAAAUUCUGGAGAGUUUGGACUACACAAGUCCAAGCAGGAGCAGGAAGAAGGUGAACGCUUUGGAUGGAAGAAUCAGAGAUGCAAUUUGGAGAUUUGAAGACUCAUUGGAAUCCCUUCUCACUCAACAGGUUCCUUCACAAUCUGAAACUCUUCCAGAGAUUGUCUCCAUUGAUCUGCAGAGUCUGCUACAUGAUGCUCAAUCCUUGAUCUCUAUGCUCAAUCAUAUGAAGGAGAGCUACAUUUAUGAGGUAAAGAAUAUGGUUGAAGACAAACCUAUUUCCUCAUUCAUUGGUUUCCAUGGAACCAACUCUAAGAUGAUUGGAUUAUCAGAUCAAAUCCAACAAUUCAAAACACUUGUUAUGGGAUUCAAUCAAAGCAACUGUAGGGAUGUGCACGUACUUUAUGGAACGGCAGGCGUUGGGAAGACCACUCUUGCUAUGCAAAUCUAUCAAGAUCCCGAGAUCCAAAGGAAAUAUGAGUGUCGCGCGUGGGUCACCGUAGGCAGAGUACCUCAACCCUUCACUCAAAUUUCACGAGGCAUUCUUGCUCAACUCUGUGGAGUUACUCUCACUCAUGAAGGCGAUGAAGAAAUAGGCGAGUGCUUGAAAGAAAAAUUGGAUGGCAAGAAUUGCCUCGUUGUGUUUGACGAUGUCUGGGAGGCAAAGUUAUUGGAUUUCUUUGAAGAUUUCAUACCAUACAUGUAUCAUCGAUAUAUUCAUGUCUUGGUUACAACUCGACAUCGAAAAUUGAUAAAUGCUUAUGUGUAUGAUGGAUGUUUUUACGGGGUGCGGUUUUUGAAGGACGAAGAAAGUAUGGAGCUACUAUGUGAGAAGGUGUUUGGUGAUGAGAGCUGCCCUCCUCAACUUCACAAAGCUGCCACCAAAAUUGCCAAGCUUUGUGAAGGUCUCCCUCUCUUGAUACUUACUGUUGCUGAUAUCCUGUCAAAAUCCGAGCAAAACAGAGACCCAACCUACUGGAAGGAUGUAGCAGAAAAGAGAAAUUCAGUCUUCACGGAUGCAUAUAAUCAUAUAUCAAAGGUACUUUUCCCAAGCUAUGAGUACUUACCUCAAUGUCUUAAAAUGCCUUUUCUGUUUAUGGGUGUUUUCCCUCAAGAUUAUGACACCCCCCCUUCCAAGGUCAUCAAUAUGUUGACUGCAAAGGGGUUGUGGUGUGAUUGGACAUGUUUGACAGAUCUAGCUCUCCACUAUAGUCUUUUAUUACACAAGUUCAGGAGCGUGGAUAAAACUUCCUCUGAGUCAUUUUAUCGCAAGUAUAAAACUUGUCGGCUGCAUUCUUCGUGGAAACACGUGUGUAGAGUAGAAGCUAGUAAGAAUAAGUUUUAUCAUGUCUUGAAUAAGUUGAUUGAUGCCGAAGAAGAGGGUCUAAAAGGUCAGCGCGGCUUGUGUCUUGAAAAUAGCAUUUUAUUUGGCAUUGAAGAGUUUUGCCACUCUGUGAGAGAGAACUGUGCAUCCUCUACACGUUCUCUUCUUUUCUAUGGUCCUUACCACCAAUAUCCAAUCCCUAUAGAUGUCGGUUUCACGUUGCUAAGGGAAAUAGAUGCUCUUACACAUCGUUUCUAUUCUUUUCCACUAGAAAUUUUGUCAUUAUUCCAGCUAAAGUACCUUGCUCUAAGAUGCAACGGAGAGCUCCCAACAACCAUAUCUAAACUGUUCAACCUUCGAGUUUUGAUUAUUCAUCCACAUAUGAGGAUUACACGUCGUGGAGCUCCAUCAUAUGUACCAAUACAAAUAUGGGACAUGAAAGAGUUGGAGCAUAUUGAAAUAUUGGGAAAGAGCCUUGCCGCUCCAUCUAAUGUGGCUCCUUUGGAAAAGCUCACGACAAUUGUAGGUGUGAAUGCUAGCAUUUGUACUAUCCCGAGACUCUCCAUUACAAUUCCUAACUUAAAGAAAUUAGGAAUACAAAUUGAGUUGACUCCUUAUGAUGAACGUAACGACAUUUUGAGAUGUUUUGUUUACAUUUCAAAAGUUGAAAGCUUGCAGACACUUAAGUUCAGUAUCAGAAACCCUGUGGUUAAGCAUGGUCAUGUUUUCCCGGUGGCUCCAGGGUCAUUGAAGUUGCCACGUAAUUUGAAAAAGUUAUAUUUGAGUGGCAUGGGUUUUCCCUGGGAAUACAUGGAUGUCAUUGGCUCUUUGCGAUCCCUUCAAGCCCUCAAACUGCGAUCCUAUGCCUUUCAAGGUUCACAUUGGGUAUCCAAAAGUGAAAGUUUUGACAGUCUUCGGUUUCUACUAAUUGAAGAAAGUGAUUUGGUGCAAUGGAAACCAGGAUAUGGAAGCUUUGCUAAGCUUGCAUACCUAAGCAUGAAACAUUGCUACAAACUAAAAGAGAUCGGCAAGCCAGCUUCUCUGACUCAUGGGACACACAGAACUUCAACAACCAUGGUGAUUGAAUUAGAGGACUGUAAUCCUUUAGCUUUGGCUUCGGUCAGCCAAUUACAACCAGAUUAUUAUGGUGAUUUGCUUCAUGUUACUGCAUCUUCUUCUUUUUAUGAGAAACCAACAACUAUCAUAUUUGAAAGGCGUGGAGUCGAUCAUAUGACGCAUAGAGAAAGGCUCUUUCAUAUUAGACGCCGCAGACUCAAUGUUAAUGAGGAAGAGAAUGAGGAUGAGGAUAUGAAGAAAUUGCCAAUCAAAGAGAAGAUAAUGAAGCGUCCCUCUCGGUUGAUUAGGCUGGACUAUUGGGCUCGUGCUCGAGCUUGGGCUGCAAGGCUGCCAGAUUGGGUGGGAUGCUUGCCGUGCAUGUCAGGGUCCUAUCAUAGAGAUGAGGAGAAUGAGGAAGAGAAUGAUGACGAAUAUUCGUAUAAUCAUGACGAAGCAGAGGCGAGCAUGAGAGGUCUUUGAGGCUUUGAAUCUGCUGCUACAAAGUGCUACACAUGCAAAUCAAAAUGAAACGACUCUUGAUAUGCAAAUAUAUCAAGAUGCAGAAAUCCAGAGCGUACAUGAGUGCGACGCGUGGGUCACCCUAGGCAGCGUACCUCAACCGAUCAAUCAAAUUGCACGAGGCAUACGAGCUCAAGUGCUCAACUGUUCAGAAUUUAAGAAUUGUUAUUAUUGAAGCUAGAAAGGUGAGACAGUAAUCUU